AUGUUUAUUGUUAAGUCCAUCACAAAGUACCAUCAUUUUCUGUCCACCCUGGCGUUUCCUUGUUUCGAUGGCAUUUAUCUCCCAAAGCAAGAAAAUACAUUUUUGCAUCAUGUCAAGGAUGAGCUGGAAACAUACCGACAGAAGGGCAACCGCAAGAGGGUGCUCCUGUUCCCCGCUCUACCCAGCAGACUGCGAUACCUGAUCCACAGGACCAUAGAGGACCUGCCAGAGCUCACCACCUUCUCAGUAGGGGAGAGCUGGUGCCGUAGGGUAGUGGUCUGCCAUUCUGAGCUCAGGGGUGAGUUAGAGGAGGAUGGUGACUGUGAGAGCAGCUUGUGUGAAGAGCCCCUAAGAAGCAGGGAGGAGAUGGAUGACAACUCCAAGUCUAAAUGUUUGAUCCCAACUCGAAGCAGAGGACCUAAGAGACCGGACAAACCGCUUUACAUGCCACGAGCUGCUCGGGAGAGACUGUCCUUACAGAGCCCACAAGGACCGUCAGGAGACCAAGAGUUGCCCAGUUCAGUUUCAAGUAGUUGCAGCUGCCUUAGCAGUUCAUCUGACUCUACUGUUUGUCCGGAAACUACAGGAAAAACAAAGUUCUCAUCCACCUCCAGACAGGAAUGUCUCCCUAAUGUAGAGCAGGGUGUCCUCCACCAUGUUGUGGAUGGUUCAGCACUUUGUCCUCAGGAAGAGAAACAAAAGUUGGUGCUGACGCUGCAUGAAGCUGAGCCCCCAGUGUGGGAACAGACUGUGUCCUGCUUCACUGACAUGACUCUGGAGGAGGAUGAGGAGGGCGAAGAGGACACAUGCUCAGACACAGAUGAUGUAACUGAGGAGAUCAAGGCACACCUGAAAGAGACAGUCACUGUUUCCAUUCAGCACGUUCACAAUGACUACUCCAUUUAUGAGAACGUGUGUAUCAGCCCGGAUAAGCUUCGCCAUGUGAUUGAGAUCUACGACUUCCCCCAGAUCUUCAAAACAGAUGACCUCCUGGAUGCGUUUGCAGAGUACAGUGAAGGUGGAAUGAAGAUCGAGUGGGUAGACGACACACAUGCCCUGGGGAUUUUCUCCAGCGAGACUGCAGCACUCCAGGCGCUCUCCAUCUCACAUCCAAUGCUGAAGGCGAGAGAACUGGCUAAAGGCAGUAAAAAAGCCAAAGGCAAAGCCAUCAGACGAGCAGAGUUUAUCCAGCCAGUGAAGGAACGUCCGAGGACUGACUGUGCUGUUGCCAGGCGGAUGGUGACCAGAGCCCUGGGGCUGCAGGGCCGAGGCAGGGUGCAGCGGUACUGAAGGGAAUUCAACACACUGUCGGCUAAUACAGGAAGGUCCAGCAGAGUUCUGUCGCCACUCAUUGGCCCUCUAUAGAGGCUUCACAGCGAGCUGAUUAUGAGGAGUAUAAACGCCGUCCAGUACUGUCCGCCUCCUUCACUGACCGCUAUAACUGGUUAGCGUGGUGAAGGAGAAGGACAUAUCAGCAGCAUUCACCUUGCUGAACCACAACCAGCCUCAAAGUUACUGUUCUGUUGGUGAAUGUGACCCUUUUGGACAUUAUUGUUGUGGUUCCUGCUGUUCACUGUUCACUAAUAAUUAAAUUUAGAAGAAUUAUUAAUUAAUUCAAUGCAAACCAUUAUUUCAUAUAGAAAAGGCACUGCAGAAAACUGGAGAAAGCUCUCAGCUUGUUUUGAUUAGAUUGCAUGUUGCCUUGAAAGUAAAGUGUGUUUAAGGCUGUUUAAUUUCCAGGCAGGGGUUUUGUUUGUUUCCUCCUUGUCCAGGUGAUGCAUAAAUCUAUGUAAAUAGUCCUUUUUUUUUUUUACUUAAUGUUGAAUUCCUCCACAGAUUAAUUCUCAGGAUUUGGUUAAAGAAACAUGUUAAAUUGUGUGCUGUAAUUAUAGCCAGAUUUUAUAUGGAGUGCACAACUCCAACUGACAGAUGUAAUGUAGAUCCAGUAACAGAAUCAAAUCUGUUUAAAAAAAAAUGUAACACUAAGUAUUAUUUUCUAAAGCCAGCAUUUCUGUUGCAAAGAAAAACACAUGUGACAGCAAUGUUAUGCUGGAAUAGAUAUUUUCUAAUGUUUAAGUUCAUUUUAAAAUGUUUAUUUUUUGUAAACAAGUUGCAAGAUGUUCAGUUUUUAAUAUUUAUUAUUUUCCUUUAAAUAAUACAAAACUACCUUGUACCUUGUUGCCAGUUGUUUUUAAGUUCUUUCUCACUCAACAUUAAAGAAAACUUGGAAAGUUUUUAAUUAGCUGAAGAUUGAGCUUUGGAAACUUAGGAGUGUUACGCUCUUUAUCCCUGUACUGUACUGUUAUUUAGUCCCAGUCUUGCCUCUGUAAAGGGGGUUGCAGAAUGCCUUUAAAUAGGAAAUAUUUACGUUUUUAUUUUGUAAAAGAUGAGAUGAGUAUUUUAUUUUUUGUCAUACAGAAAAGGAAUGUUUCCCUGAAAUUAUCUUUUGUGCCUGAUGUGGGAGAGACAGGACUUAUUCUAUAGUAUGACUCUAAGAAUGACCAUGUUGGUCACUUGAAGAGUCUUACUACACAUGGUCUAACUUUAUUGUUGUAUAAAAAAAUGUGUUUAAUAAACAUAGUGCAGCUAGUAUAAGGACAGUAACACUUUAUGAUUUGUUGGUGUUAAAAUCCUGACUAAUCCUGUAACACAAGUAUUUUUACAUCUACAUCAGAUGAAUCGUAUUAAAAAACUAACCCAGAUUGUACAAAACCCCCACAACUAAA